AUGGAGGAGGCGGCGGAGGCGAAGUUCAUUUUCGACAUUAAUCGGUCACCAAUGUCACUUUCGCCGUUGUCGUCGGCUACCACCUUUGAGUGUUGCCGCUGCCUGUCGCUGCCGGCCGCCGAUCGCUGCCUCCAGGUGCCGCAGCCACCUCCCCCAGCCACCGCCUCCGGGCACCGUCAGCCGCCCCCAGCAACCACCUUCGAGCACCGUCACCACCUUUGGGCGCCGCCGUUAGCGGUCACCGAGGUCGCUGUCGCCACUAGCAGCCACCUUCGGGCACCGUCAACCACUGUUGCCGGCCACCACCAUCGGCCAUUGCCACCAACCCCCGCCUCCGGUUGA